GCCGUGAGCCCCCGGAGCCCCCGGAGCCCCCGGCCGGCCCUGCCGCCGCAGCCAGCCCCAGCAUGCUGCCGGCGGGCGGCCCCAGCCCCGCGCAGACCUGCGGGGCCGUGCUGGUGGGCGCCGUGCUGCUGCAGUCCGUGUGCGUGGCCGUCACCUUCCUCUACUUCACCAGCGAGCUCCGACAGCUCCAGGACUCGUACUCCAAGGGCGGCAUCGCUUGUCUCACCGGGGAGGAGAUUGGAAAUUCCAUCCAAAACUUGGAGCUCCUCGACAGUGAAGACAGAGAGGCUGAUCCCUGCUGGCAAGUAAAGUGGCACCUGGGAAAGUUAAUUAAAAAGAUGAUGUCAAAAAGCUAUGAGGAAAACAUAUCUGCAAUCAACGUUGACAGGACUCUGACGCUGCCGCACACGGAGGGGCAGCAGCCGCGCGGUCCCAGCCGCAGGAUCGCGGCGCACCUGACGGGCAGCAGCAGCAGGAGGAGCUCCCUGUCCUCACGCAUAAAUCCCUUUCCCAGAAGAGGAAUUGGACACAAAAUAAACAACUGGGAAUCAUCAAGAAAAGGCCACUCCUUCCUUCACAAUGUGGAGCUGAGAAAUGGCGAGUUAGUGAUACCCCAGACGGGCUUUUAUUACAUCUACUCGCAAAUUUACUUUCGCUUCCGUGAAAACGAGAACGAGGACUCAGAUUUGCUGGGACAAAUCAGAAACCCCAAACAGCUUGUCCAGUAUGUUUACAAACUGACUAAUUACCCUGAGCCCAUUUUGCUCAUGAAGAGUGCAAGGACGAGCUGCUGGUCUAAAAAGGCGGAAUAUGGACUUUAUUCCAUCUAUCAAGGUGGUGUGUUCCAGCUGAAGAGAGAGGACAGGAUUUUUGUCUCUGUCAGCAACAGUGACAUAGUUGACAUGGACAAAGAAGCAAGUUUUUUUGGAGCCUUCAUGAUCAGUUAGAACAUGAAAAUCAUGAUCCCAAAUGGGCCCAGUUUUUUCUAGUAAGGGACAGCUUAAAUUCCUAUAAAAUAGGGGAUCACAAGCAAAAGCUGUAUUGAUACCAAAAAGAGCAGCCUGCCCUUUCUCAGCUCACUCAGCGCAUGCCGAGUUCUGUUCCAGCAGCCAGGAAGAGCAGCAGCAGCUGGCUGGGGGUGGCAAUGCUCUGUGCAGGCACAGGCAGCCAGGCUGGGAAUGUGUGAGGGAUUCACAGCCCUCAGGUGAUACCUUUGGCCAGAGCCCUGGGCAGGUAAGUGCUCAGCAGCAGCAGAGAUGCUCCAGGCUGGCUCAGCUGUGGCAAAAGGGAUGGCGGAUGCUGAGACUGGAUAUCAAAUUUUAUUUGUGCUCUCCUCUGGGACCCCGUUUUGAAUAUAUCAGGAGCCUUUGUACAUAUUGUGCCCAAGUGCCUGUGGAAUUUCUCCCAAAUUUUUUUGAACAGGAGCUUUGCAGAAGCUGCACAUCUUCAUCUCAUCCAACAAAGCACUUAAGCACCUAAUUAAUUUUAAGCACACAAACGGUCUGACUACAUCAGGGUAUCCACAUGCUUGAAAUUAAGUAUGUGCUUAAGCAUGCUCCAGGAUCGUGUCUUGAGUAAACACAUUUGUCUUGUACAGCAUAUUGUACAUAAGAACAGCUGCUGGAAUGACACUGAAGAGCUUUUGAAAUCAAUCUGUGUUUUGAUCAACAUUUUGUAACAGUGCCUAUUUAGUUAAUUACUCUGCUGCAGACAUUCUCACCAGGAUCCCAGUAAGUUCAGUAAUGCAGUUGCUGUUACACUUGUUGACAGCAAGAACUGGAUCCAGAAAAAAAAAGUGGGUUUCCAUAAAUACUGAAUUCUGUGAGAAAUUUGCAGCAAGUUAGGCAUGACAAGAUUCUUCCAUGUUUAUUUGUAUUGCCUGUGUUUGUUAGGAUGUAAUGUAGAAUAACACACCCCAAUGACUAACAUUUUUAGGAAAACGGGCACAACUAUCUGUAGUUACAAAAAUGCUGCUUAUUUAGAUAAUGCUGUAAUUAUUUGAUUUAAUUUUUAGGAAUGGGUGGAAAAUUCUCACAAUGUUUUUUUUAAAAUACAUUUUUUAAAAAAAUGAACAGUAUAUUUUUUACUUCUAUGAAAAUGACUAUUUUGUAUUAAAAGUAUUUGAAAGUUUAGACUGUGGGCACAGUAAAAAUCAGUGUAAAUCAGCACAUCUGUAGCAUUGUCAGUGGAGGAAUAGCAAAUUGCAUCAUGAAUGCAUUUUGCCCAGAUUCACAGGAAACAGUGGGAAAGGUGGAAAAAAAAAAUUGGAGGGAAAGGAAGACAGUUCUGCAAAUGUUGCUUUGGAUGGCAGGAUAAAGUCUGGCUGUCUAUUUUUUGAAUACACUGGGGUUGCCGUGGGAACUCUCCCACUGACCUGCACCUUGUGGUAAUUCAAUCAGAGCAGCCCCUGCUCAUGGGCCUCAGCAGUAAACAGGCUUGGCUCAUCUGCCUGCCCAGGCAGCAGCAGGGCAUCAGCAGACACAGCCCCUGGGUUUGUCUGGCCAGUCACACAAGCAGGUAGCUUGUCUCACUUAAAUGCUGUGUUGGAGCAGCAAGAGAAGAAUUUCAGGAAUACCCUCCUUUUGGCAGGUUGGGGCCAAAAAACACACCAGUGUAAGCUGAAAAUAAUGAGGUUUAACUUCUGCCAGCUGUUUAACAGUGUCACACGUGCUGUGUUCAGUGGCAAUCAAAUAUGUGAAAUUCUUCACUAUUUGCUGGAACACUUUGGUCUUCCUCCUUCUCAAAUGAUCUGUUUUGACAGAGAACAGAAAACAUUUCUACAGUUUUCCUUCUGAUUUCAGUAUUUAAUUCAGAAAUUUUCUCCCGGCCAGAAAGGCUGGAGAACAGAGCCAUUCCCUACAUACCUGUAUGUCUGAUACCUUGGAGAAAAGACUUUUUUGUAGGUUCUCCUUGCAGAUGGACUGGGCUUGGUGGUUUCAGCACAGGACUGACCCCUGCUAGCAGAUUUGAUCACUGCAUGCAGGGCAUAUUGCAACAGGAAUCACACCAAAUAGUAAUUUUCUGAGUGAUCUGAAGGCUUGGUUGCCAGAUCUUAUCUUGGGGGAGGAUUAUCAAGGGAUAUCAGACAGGACACCUUUAAAGAAGAAUGGAAAAAUAUAGCAAAUUUUGUUUGUGCUGUGUCCUGACUCACACUUUUCAUCUCACUUUAUGUUGAAUGACACAUGUAGCAAAUUCUUUUAGGUUGUGUUAACAUGUGACUAUUGUAAUUUUUUUCUACAUGACUUUUAUAUAAAACAUUUUUACUAAAGAGUUA